UGUGUCGGCCACAGAUUGCUCUUGGUGCUGUGCCUAGGCUUGUCUGGUCAGAACAUUUGUUCGUAACGCUGCGGGCCUGCCGACUAGCUCAAGGCGAAUUCUCCACUAUGCCAACGUAGCGUCGUUAGCAUAGCGACUGGCUAAGCUAACGGUUGACGGUAGCCGCUUGAUAUGCGCUGUCGUCUUUUCUACUGUUAACGUACCUGUUUGUAAAUAUCUGCUUGUGUCCGUAUUCCAACUUCAGCGUAAACGGAACCUUUCAAAGUAAGGUAAAUCCUCAGGUGAUGACUUGGAUGGUGUGCCAUGGGAAUGACUGAAGACCAUGAAGCCCACACACAAGCUGCUGUUCGCCUUGUGUACCAUACUGGUUCUGGCCUUUAUCUACUACUCUUCCGGGAAGCUACAUCAACUCGUAUGGGGUCAGAAGCCUCAGAGUGUGGCAGAAGCGACAGCUGUAGUCCUGACUAAAGGGGCUGAAGUGAGAAAAAUUCCAGAGUUGGAACCGGACAUCCCCGGGGGACGACUAGUAGGCUCAGUGUAUGAUAAGCAGGGCUUUCUGCUGCAGCUGGACACAAAACUGCCACCAGAGUUGAUAUACAAGUAUGGCAACCUCAGCGAAGGAAUGUGCAAGCCAGGAUACGCAGCAGCCAAGAUGACAGUCAUCUAUCCUAAGUUCAAGAAAUCAGCACCCAUGUUUCUUGAUCGGAACUUUAAACUUCUUGCAAAAGCCAGCAAAUACUUACCUCCAUUUGGAAUCAGAACGCAAGAGAGAAUCAUAGACAGCAUUUUAACUGCCACGAAGAAUUACGGGCUUGGAAAGGCGCUGGACAGUCUCACCUGUAAAAGAUGCAUCAUUGUGGGCAACGGGGGAAUCCUGUUUAACAAGUCUCUGGGCUCCCGUAUAGAUGACUACGAUGUCGUAGUGAGGUUGAAUGAAGCCCCGGUGAACGGUUAUAGCAAAGACGUGGGGACCAAAACCACCAUGAGGAUUACCUAUCCAGAGGGAGCCAUCCAGAGGCUUGAGAAAUAUGAAAAGGACUCCCUUUUUGUUUUAUCUGCCUUCAAACCCCUGGAUUUCAAGUGGCUCAGACAGAUGGUCUUCAAGGAGAAACUGAGGGGUACAGAGGGAUUUUGGAAGUCGGUGGCUCAAUAUGUGCCUCGGAAGCAGACCGAGAUAAGAAUCCUCAAUCCCUACUUCAUCAAGGAGGCCUCCUUCCAGUUCAUAGGCCUGCCCUUCAACAAUGGCCUCAUGGGCAAAGGGAACAUUCCAACUUUGGGAACAGUUGCCAUAACGAUGGCACUGCAUAACUGUGAUGAGGUGGCGGUGGCUGGUUUUGGCUACAACUUGAACAUGCCUAACACCCCUCUGCACUAUUACGAGGGUGUCAAGAUGUCCGCCAUUAAAGAGUCAUGGACACACAACAUAGCCGAGGAGAAGAAGUUCCUCCGCAAGCUGGUGAAGGCCAACGUCAUCACAGACCUGACCAACGGUAUCUGAGUUUACACCCACCCACAGUCUCCUUUUGCCUUUCCCAAAGGACUACAGGACAGGAAACUGAGAGAUAGCUCUGGGAGAAGGAACACUUAGAAUCUGGGUGGCCUGCACACUGUCUGGGUUUUUCAUAUCAAAGGAGAUAAUUUAAA